UAGCUGCUGCUUCUGCAAAAAUUGAUAGGGAUCCAAAUACAUAAGUUGUCUGCAUACAUGCCUUUCAAUGCUACACCCAACCCAAAUAGUGCCAACUACAGCCAACCUUUACUAUUGCAGUCAGCAGACAUGGAGGAUGGGAAGCCUGAUCUGCUGCUGGUCAAACAGGAGACGAUAGAAGACGGACCAGAGAGCAUUGACCUGCUGAGUGGACUAAAGAUGGGGGAGCAAGGUGGUUGGCUGGAGGCUAACAAGGGAGACUGGGUGGCCAUCUUGGAUUCCCAGACCAGUGCAGCCAAUGUCCAUGGUGAUGACAUCAGUGGAUGGGACAGCGUCCUCAACUCUGGGCUGGGGAACAACACUGUUAACCACAACCGGAAAUGGACAGUCAAACACAAAAUAAAAUCCGGAUUUAGUCUCCAUGACAACAGAUUGGCUGCGACCAGGACGAAGCAUAGAUUUGGUCUGCGGGGACGAGGAGGUGUCAGUAUGCAGCUGGAGAGAACAGACUCUGCUAGCGAUGCUCCGCCCUGCUCCUAUAGUUGUGAUUCAGAGAUACUGAUGGCACCUCAGGUUAACCCCCUAACAGGUGCUGCCUUCAGCCUGCCUUCUAUAGUAUCUAUCAACUGGAACAUGGACCCUGCAACAACCCAGACAUUCCCUGGCCUUCAUCCUCCUCACACCCCUCUAAUAAACCAGAUCUCAGACAAUGCCAGUGCCUUAACGGUAAAUGGCUACACAAGCCCAUUAACAAUUGACCGUAGUGGAGACAGUAAAGGUGGCGGCGCCAAAGAGAAGCGCUUCCCGUGUUCGUUCUGUGGGAAAGCCUUCAGUUUCCCCCAACAGGUGGCAAUCCACCAGAUGUUGCACAUGGGGGAGAAACCAUUCGGCUGCCACCUGUGCCGGGCCAGUUUCUCCCACUUGUCCAACCUAAAGAGGCACCAGAGGUUCCACACAGGGGAGAAAUCCUACAGCUGCCCCAGUGUGAGAAUAAGUUCUCCCACCAGCACCAGCUGAAGAUGCAUCUGAAGUUCCACAAGUGAGAGAGGCCAUUUGCCUGUACGCACUACAGGAAGAGGUUCUCAGAGAGGAGCUACCUCAGGAUACACCAACAGGAAAUGCACACGUCCCAUGAAUAGAGUAUAGUGACAUGUAUUAGUACUCGUUAGUAGUGACAUGUAUUAGUACUAGUUAGUUUGUAGUUAAUUCUGCUGGUUUUGGAUGUAGGAGGGAACUGGAUGAGGUGAACUGAGGAAAUAAUGAGUAUGAUGAAGCAGAAUAGAUGAUAUGGUGAUGGUGUCUGUAAAAAUGCUUCACCGAUGAAGUGUCAACUUUGUCCUGUUUGAUACUGGUGUUUUAUAGUGAGAUGAUGAUAGUGCCUUAAUUCAUGUUUAUUUGACAUAAAGUAGUGAAAAUG